UUUUCAGCAAAUUUUGCUAUAAAAACCUUUUUUAAAAGCGGAGCUUUAAUUAGUUAAAAACUAAACCCCACCAUGCGUGUCUUGCUGCUGUUAGCUCUCUUUGGCUGUGUGCUUUUGGCCACUGUUUCCGCCAAUCCUGUCGAGAUUGAUGAUGUUGUUGACGAGGAGGAGAAUCUGAGAAUUGCUGCUGAGAAGGAAAAGGACCUGAACGUACAGAAUGAUCCUGAGGAGGAGGAGGAAGAUGAAGACUCUAGCGAUGAUCAGAAUGAUGAAGAAGAAUCCGAGUCCCAGGAGGAUGAAGGAGAAGACCAACCGCAGGAGGAUGAGGAUGAUGAUUCUCAGGAUGAGAACGAUGAUGAAGAGCCCCAAGAUGAAGAUUAUCAUUUGAAUUUCUUAAAGACUUCACUUCCAAAAAUGCGGUGUCUGAUUGUUUUUGCUCUGUUGGCCUUCCUGGCUGUUGGCCUUGUGGCUGCCAGACCAGCUGAGGACGAGGAGACACCUGUGGUGUCCCAAGAUGAGGGCGAAGACGAACAGCCUUGGGGAGCUGCUGCUUUGCGGGAUCAAGAAUCUACCGAUGGAAACCAGGAAUCUGAUAAUAAUGAGGAGUCGGAGCAGGGCAGUGGAGGUAAUUCCGAGACUGAGACCCAAGAUGGAACCAGUGGAGACAACUCAGAGACUGAGUCUGAAACUGGAUCCACAGGAGAUAAUGCCGAUGCUGAAACUACUGUAGAAGAGGGAUCCAAUGGAGGUGACUCUGAAGAUGGAACCUCUGGUGAUGAUAACAAUGAAGGAAACAACGAAGAUGGAACCUCUGGUGAUAACAACGGAGAGGAAAACAACGAGGGUAACACGAAGAAAAUAAUGAAGAAAAUAAUGAAAAAAAUAAUGAAGAAAACAACGAAGAAAACAAUGAAGAAAACAACGAAGAUAACAGUGGAGAUAACAGCGAAGAUAACAGCGAAGAUAAUAGCGAAGAUAACAGUGAUCAGCAGGAUGGUCCAUCCAAGAAUCGUCCUCCCAGGAGGCGUCCACGUCCCUUCUGGUCAAGACGCAAUCACGGUCCAGUUUUUAUCCAUGCCAGGCCUCUUUUCCUUGCCAACAUAA